ACCGCAUCCGUGAUUUCUGCUACGUCUUGUGCACGUCAAGUCCGCCCCCUCUGAGCUUUUCAAGCCAGAAUUGUGUUGAGCAGCCACCCAGCAUCUCAUCCAGGCAGUCCGAGUGCAACCGCUUGGCGACCCGCGUGUGGCCGGGCUCCCUCUCUCAUCCUAUAUACCCUCUCCUCUUGCGGGCCCAUUCUCGCGUGCGGUUUGUGACAUUCCAAAGUUCUGCGCUGACCUUGCCCCUCGUUGGCCAUUUCAAGACCAACGGCGCCGGCCAAGACUCUUUGAGGGUCAUAAGAUGCGUACGUGAAGCAUGCUGCGUUCUCUUUUCGGAUUUGCCAAGGCCGAAGCCGACCUCCCGGUCGAGGCCGUGGACUACGAAGCGCCGCUGCCUGGCUGCGUGGUCGCCACCAACCAGGAGCAGCUGGCCUCUCAAGGCGAAAUCUACCACGCCGAUGGCUCUAAUGAGGCCGUGAUGCACCACCUCAGCACCAGCCCACCCAAAUACUACGAAUUUCAGUAUGGCCCCGAGUUUCGAAGGGGUAUCAACAUGGACCGCGGCGGCUACGGCAUUGCCAAGGAUGGAACCAUGUUUGGCUGCGUCUUUGAUGGUGUGACAGCCGGUGGCAAAGUUAAUGCGUACGCCGCUCAGGCCUUC